AUGGUAACGGUCGGCAAGUCGCACCCGGGUGCUGACCCCGUUCAACCUCUCUCAACCUCGCCUGAUCCCGUUGGCGCCAACUCCCCACCAUCGAAACGUGAUCUAGCUUCAUGGUGGAAGCAGUUCAAGCGGAGUACCAGAAAGGAUGAUUUAAAAGAAGAAACACCCCGCGGUAUCUUCGGAGUCCCACUGAAUGUCAGCAUCAAGUAUGCAAACGUGGCAAUAUCAUUGACCAACGAUCACGGAGAGAGCUUCAUAUACGGAUAUGUGCCCAUUGUUGUUGCAAAGUGUGGAGUGUUUCUCAAAGAAAAGGCGACGGACGUCGAGGGCAUUUUUCGGCUCAACGGAUCUGCAAAGCGCAUUAAAGACCUUCAGGAAGUCUUUGAUUCCCCGGAGCGAUAUGGUAAAGGCCUCGACUGGUCCGGAUAUACCGUCCAUGAUGCGGCAAAUGUACUUCGACGAUAUCUAAACCAGCUCCCCGAGCCGAUCGUGCCGUUGGAGUUCUAUGAACGCUUCCGUGAGCCGCUGCGGAUUUACCAGCGACAGGCACUGGAAGGAAAAGUGACAUCGGAUGCCGACAAGUUCGACCACGCCAAGGCUGUGGAGACGUACCAAAACCUUAUCAUCGAGCUCCCUCCGUUGAACAAACAACUGCUCCUUUAUAUCCUCGAUCUCCUUGCGGUCUUCGCCUCGAAGUCAGAUCAGAACCGCAUGCCGUCGGCUAAUCUGUCUGCGAUAUUCCAACCCGGCAUGCUAUCGCACCCUCAGCACGAUAUGUCACCAGAGGAGUAUAAAUUGAGUCAAGACGUGUUGAUCUUUUUGAUCGAGAAUCAGGAUCAUUUCCUGUUCGGAAUGAGUGGCACGGCGGCUGAUGAGAAAACCAUGAAGGAGGUCGAGGCAGGAAUGCCACGGCCAGUGCCUCAUGGCAAUGUUCGGCGAUCUGUAUCAAAUGCCAGUGCAACUACAGAAGGCCACCGCAAGCUAGGCAGCGUCCGACGAAAUGUCUCCGUUUCGUCGCGCAAUUCGCGUCAUUCGAACAACACGCAAAGUCCCGUGACACCGACCUCAAUGACCGUCGGUGGUGGUGCUAGUGGUGUUCACCGGAGCAACACAUUGCCCUCGAAGAUGGGCCCUGUCUUGACCUCUGCUCGCUAUACACGAGCCCACGAUACUGGCUCGCACAAUCCUUCCGGUCUUGCGGUUUCUCAUGAGAGUUCUCCGUUGGCCAGUGGCACAUCGUCGGUGCGUGAGGAGCCCGAGCAGGUUCCCCGGGCUGUUGCACAGCCUGCUGCACAGCCGGCUCAUCAAUCCCUCUCGGAGCAGCUACCUGAGAAGCUUGCAGAGCAACAGGACCAUAGUCAAUCGACUGGCUCAUUGACUCAAGGCAAUGCGUACGUGCACACGUCAACCCAUGGCCCGGUGCCCCCAGCGACUGCCGAACUUCUUAGUAUCAGCGAACCUGCGAAGCCCCAGAAUAUCGCCAUUCCUCCCGCUGCUCCUAUCGCCCCAUCGCCACAGGCCGUCACUCCUAGUCGGGAGCGCAAGCUUUCAAAUUUGUUUACCAGGUCACCGCCGCCCAGUGGUGAACUCAAAGAACCCCGGCAACCAAAUCGCCUGAGAAAAAAGCGCAUCCCCGGGAGUGCAAGUAUGAGUGCUCAGAGUUCGGUUAAUUCUCUCCACGGUUCGAACGUCGAUCCCAGUGCAGAUCUUCAACACCAGCACGAGCGAUCUGUGGAUGCCGCUCUCGGCGGCGAUACGACCCCAAGACCACCGAAUACCGCGACUCUUGGUGACCGGGAGAACCCCUCUGAUUCGAACCUGGCUCUCACCGAAGGGACUGCACAGCAUCAAUCUGACCAUACUUUGCGACCUCACAGGUCACGCACGCCCUCCAUGCACUCGCGUUCUUCCUUUACUGACCAGUCUGACAUGGAUCAGCCCGAGGAUAGUUCCCGCCAUGAGAAUCGUCGUAGCUGGCGGUUUCACCGAUCUUCCAAGCGUACCACCGAGCAUACUGGACUAGGUCUAGCAUCUCCUCCAUUGGUGGCCACCAAUCCUAGAGCCGAUCAAAGCACCAGUUCCUUCGGCAGCGGAAACCACCAAAACCCGGAUGUCUCCCAUCAGCCGUUGAGCUUGGACGCCGGACUGCAGGGCAGUUCUUCUGCAGGAUCGGAGCCUGAGAAAAAGAGUUUAUUCGGCAAGUUCAAGGCGAAGGUUGCCCAGGUUCGGGAUGGUGUCAAGGAUGAUCGGGAGCGCACAAAAAGCCCCAAUCAGUUGGAAAGCGACCCUUCCCUCAGCAGCCAACCCCUUUCUCCUCUUAUUACCAGCUCCGCGAAUGGCAAUCCUGUCCCUAUCGAGUCGCCAACUGAACAACUGAAAGAUGAGCACGUGCGUUCGCCAGUGUCGCCAUUGCCUGGUGCUGGUCUUCCGCCGUCUAUCCCGGAGGAGCCGCAUAGUCCUAAGACCACUACGGCUGGUACUGUCACUGAGCAGAAAGAGUCUGUUGAGCUUCCGGCUACAGAAGCCACGCCAGUCUCAGAGCAGACAGUCUAUCAUGAAACUCCGAAGGAAGCCGUAGGCCCCGCUGCCUCGGCUGCUUAA